GAUAUUCCUAUUUGGGCAGCGUGUUCGUGAGAAGCGAAGGUGGGAGAAUAUAACGCCCUUCCUCAUGAGCCAUUCAAAACAAGCGACUGAGAAAGGUCUGACCACACAGGCACGUGUACACACAGUGAAGUAUGUUGUUUUUGGAUGUCUUCUACUGUGGAGCGUUGAUGCUCUGCUGCACAAGGCUCUGUGUGGCCCUGCAUGUCUGCCAUGGACAGCAGCUGAUCCCGGCCCACCACCCCCCACUGACAGAGCACACCUUCCCACCAACAGAGACCUCGUCAGCCUCCACAGUCUCUCAUCACGUCUUUCACAACGCACCAUGCUUUGUGGAUGACAUAUUCGCAGCGCUGUGUGAAGGCGUUGGGAGAGACGGUGAACUCACGAACCGCACUUUGACUCAGUUUGGAAUCUGCUUAGGAUCUGAUAGCUCAUCGGACUCAGUCUUAUUACAGCUUGCUAAGGAAACGAGCAGAAACCAGAGAAACGGAUUGGAGGUUUUGCAUCCAACCGGAGUGCUCUUGGCAGAGGAAGAUAAGAGAGGAAUGCUCACGUUGACCUUUGACCUCCCACGGUCUCCUCUGGUCAAGCUGAACCCUGUGCUGCUGUUGGCGUACGAAAGUCCCCUCACCGUGACCGGAGGAAACCUGGAUGUCACUUUCAAUGGUCAGUGGCUGCAUCCCAACACACAGUCUGUGUGCAUUUCAGGAGAAACGCAGUACAUCAUGCUGACAGGAUCAGCAUCAGAAGCCAACAUUCACCAGAAAUGGAGGAUUUCUGUCGAGACAAAAACCCCUGAUAUGAACCAAAGCCUAAAAGACAUCCUUAUUGGUGGAAAACCCGGAAGUAAAAUCAGCAUGACUCCACUUCUGCUUUUCUCUGGGGAAAGAGGAACCGAUACAAGAUAUACACACACUUCAGGUUCAUCCCCGGCCUCUUCACAGACCUCCUUCCUCUGCGAGCUGAAGCGGUUCCUGGGUGACAUCCUGCCUCAGGAGCUGCCCGAGUCCCCUCCGCUCCGGCUGGACUCCUUACAGUCCCUGCCUCCUCUGACGCUAGGCCCUUCCUCCAGCGACACCCUGCUGGCAGGACUGAUCAACUCCUCCUCCCAAACCAUUUUCUCCUUCACUAGCCGUGGCUCCGCGGUUCAGGUGCAUCGUGGAGAAUUGGCCUUGUCUCCUGCACUGCUGGAGGAGCUCAGGCAGAGGUUGGAGCAGAGUGUGAUAAAGAUGAUGGAGGUCAUACGGGAGGAGGAGGAGGAGGUGGGUCACAGAGCCAUGCCGAGGCUAGGAAGGCUCAAAGAACUCAGUGCGUUUCCAAAGAAGGAACCGGCAGCAGGAGAGAGCCAGUACCGGGCAUUUCUUCUGCUGAAGGCCCUGCAGACGGUGGCCCGUGCAUAUGAGUUGCAGAGAGGACUGCGGGCCACCAGAGCUGGCCCCAACAACCCAGAGGGGGGCAACAUAUGUGGGCUGAGGAGCCUCACUGUGUCUCUUACAAAGAUUGUUACGGGUCCAAACACUGCCAACAUCAACAACUGCCACGGCUCUUGUGCUUUCCCCCUGCCCAGUGCCAACAACCACGCCGUCCUGCUCAACUCCCACAUUGGGAGUGGGAAUGUGGACGAGCGGGCGCCGUGCUGUGUGCCUGUGGCCUACGAAGACCUGGAGGUGGUGGACUUUGCCGAUUAUGGGACUUCCAUUACCAUUAAACCAAAUAUGGUGGCAAAAGAGUGCGGAUGCCGCUAAAGCUGUUUUCUUAACACUUCCCAUGGCCUGUUUGACUUUUGCUGGCAAAUGAGCGUGGGGCUCCGAGUGCUGGCAACGUGAAGGGAAAGCCAAACACCGUUCAUCUGCGUAUACUACCCACCCUACAAUGACACAAAGCUGGUUGAAAAUCAACAGUUUGCCUUUAAUUGUUACUUAAUUGUCAUUUAUUCAAUCACACAGUAUCAAUACACUGGUAGUAAAUGCACAUGUUAAUUCAGACAUCUCUUUAAGCUAUACUUUCACAUAUAUAGACAAUGUCUUAUUUGCAUUAUUCUCACACUUAGAACUAAUAAUUUUUAUUCAAACCAAAAGAAGUUAAAUAUGAGUAUUAUCAUCUCCCUCUGUAAAUAUUUAAUUUUUAUUAUCUAAGAAGUAAUUUGAAUAAAAAGCCAUUGUUUAUUCAGGGCAAACCUCUUAUCAUCCAGAAGACCACUUUUUUGUGCUUUAAUUAAGAUUUCAGUUAUCAUAGAAAGCAUUGUCAUGUCACACCACUAGCCAACUCAACCUCCCAGAUCAAUAUAAAUCAUUGUUCAGUACUUGUCUUAAUGUCUGUAUGUUUUAAAACUGUCCAAAUGUCCUAUGGCUUCAUGUAAUGUUUUAUGCACCAAUAAAAAAAGAAUAUAUUGUUCUAAAACUACCAAAUUGUUAAUAACUUGAUGACUGCUGAUGACAAUAUAAGAUUAUGUUACAAUGUGGUAGUAAGUGACAUUUCUAUAUUAGUGAUAAUGAUAGAUUUUGAUUUAAAAUAUGUAUUAAAUGUCAUAAACAUUUCUGAAUAAAUCAUGUCCUGCCCAACAAA